GCUCUGCCCUCCCUCCCAGCGCGGGCCGGGCGGGGCGGGGCGGCCGGUACCUGAGGGCGCAGAGUGCGCGGCCCUGCCCGAGGAGGGGACAGCGCCGGCCUGCGCCCGUCCCGGCGAGCCUGCUGUUAACGUCUCGUUCUGUCAAAUGUACUUUGGCACACAAUGAAACGUAGGCAGCCUCAGCCUUAAAAGUUGGAGGAAGUCAAGCCGUUUAUCUGCAGUUGAAACAAGCAAAACUGAAUGGGAACUUUAUGCGGUAGCAGAGCAUUAGUGUCCAGGCCAGACAACAAAUUAAGAUUCAAGCACCAUUUAAGGACCAAUGUACCCAAUAGCUCAUGGAAGAAAAAAAUCAAAUCAGGACGUCCUUGGUUUCCAGGCUACCAAAAUAUGGAACCAAAACUUUAGGAAGUGUUUUGCAACCUAUGUCAAACGGGACUGCUGUUAGUUUAGCAGGGAAUAAUGGUGGCAAAAAUUUUGGCAAGCACAAUGGCACUGCUCAUAUGUCUUCCUUUUCUUUCAACUGGAAAAAAUCAAAUAAAUACCAACUUGAUGAUCAAAACAGGAGAGAGACCAACUCUAAACAUAACUACAAUGAAAAAUUAAUUGAUUCGGAGAAGUAUUCUCAAUCCCAAAGAGCAUUGGGUACUGACGUGCUCAGGGUGGGUUUGAACAAUACUGCUUUAGUUUCAUCAAAAGUGGCAAAGCAAACCAAUAUGUUUGUGUCUUCUACUGAGGAAUUAAACCCAAAGUCUUUGCCUGGGCUCUCUAGUUCAGCAAAAUUCACCAAAGGUACACUGUCAGGAAGGACUUCGUAUUCUGGACUUAAUGCUCCAAAAUCACAUUUAAAUGGUUUCUAUGGAAAUAGGCCAGUGGUUGGUUUGCAGAGACCUAGAGCCAAUUCCACCACCACAAGGACAAGUUCAGGAGAAAGCCUGGCCCAAUCUACAGAUAAUAGCAAGUCUUUUUCCUGUGACAAAAUGGUAAGAUCACAAAGUUUUUCACAUUCCAUUCAGAAUUCUUUCCUUCCCACUACAUCUUUAACCAGAUCUCAUUCCUUUAAUAAAGCUGUGGAUCUUACAAGGCCUUAUCAUAGUCAAAAUAUAACUUCUAGGACAUCUCAGAGGUCAACUUUGUUGUCAAGAAAUGCACGUCAGUUGGAUGUACCCAAUGGAAAUGAGUCUGUAAAGUAUGGAUUCACCAGGCCCUACUGUGGUGUGUCAGGUUCUUGUUCAAAGAAGCCCCCAGUGUCAAACGGGUCGGCGUCAGCACCUUCUUUUGGAUACAGAUUAAGUCGACCUUCUCUGCUGAAGCCUACCAGGCAGCGAUUUGCAGGAAAUGUGAUGGAUGGCAGCAAAAGUACAACUCCUGGCAUGUGCAUCGUGGAGAACUCUGAAAUUGCAACAAAUAUUAAUAGAACAAAUGAGAAAAACAGUAUUAGAGAGAGCAGUGUUCAAGGAACAGAAUCUGAUGAUGGCUUGCAUGAAAGUAUAGGAAAACAUGGUUCAAAAGUCAUGUGUAUGAGCGAUGAUGGAGAUGAAAUAUCUAUAUCUUCUUUGUCAUCCUCUGAAAAAAAUGAUUUGAGUGAAGACUUCAGUGACGAUUUCAUAGAUAUAGAAGACCCAAACAGAACUGUACAAAUACAAGAAAAGGAGACCUGCCUUCAGGAAUUGGAGCGUGGGAGUAUAACUUCAGUUGAGCCAUUCACUUCUCUGAAGGAAACUGGAGGAUCAUGCUGUAAUGCUGAUGACUGGCUUGAUAUAAACGUGUCUGCAGUGGAUGACAACAGUGAAAGCACAAAGCAUACUACUGAGAAUAUGAUUUCUCCAGAGAUGAAUUAUAGAGCGGGGUCCUCUUUUGAGCUUUCUCCAUCUGACAGUUCUGAUGGUACCUAUAUGUGGGACGAAGAAGGAUUGGAGCCUAUUGGAAGUGUCCAUCCAUGUGGAAGCUAUGAAUCUUCAGAAAUGAACAGCAUAGAUAUCUUGAAUAAUCUUGAUUCAUGUGAUCUUGAAGAUGAUGAUCUCAUGCUUGAUGUGGAUCUGCCUGAGGACUCUCCUCAUGAUAAAGAGGAAUGUGAAAAUAUGAACCAUUAUGAGAGGCAAGACAGAAGUGCAAGGCAGCAUCAGGAAGGAUUCUGGAAAAGAGCACCACAACAACGAUGGAAUACACAGGAUCACUAUCAUCUUGGCCAUACUGAUCACUAUAUUCAUGGUAAAAAUGAUUUGAACAGGGGCUCAAACUACCUAGAAUCUCCUAUCAGUCACUUUGAAAGCUAUGGAGCACCAAAUUAUUACCAGGCUUCUAGACAGAUGGUAGGUUUACCAGAGAAUACUGUGAUGCUUGAUGAAAUGACCCUUCGACACAUGGUCCAGGACUGCACAGCUGUGAAAACUCAGUUGUUGAAACUGAAGAGAUUACUGCAUCAGAAUGAUGAAAAUGUGUCACCCCAGGACAUAUCACUUUCAGUUCCAUCAAGUCCAGAACCAGAAGAACCUGAGCCAACAUUUAAGAUGGACGAUCUGCUGAAUGAGAUCAGGCAGCUUAAAGAUGAACUGAAGAAGAAGGAUGAAACAAUCAGCCAAUUAGAGCAUCAACUUGCCAUUAGAUGUAACUGCCAGAAAGACAGUCAAAAAUCUACAGGAACAACGUGCACAUUUGCUGAUAAAUUUACACAAACCUCCUGGAGGAGGAGUUCUCCUCAAGUACUACAGCCUUCCAGCAGCCUUCCCAGUUCCACAGACCUCGCCCAGGGAAAACUAAUAAAAAUGCCACGUAUCGAGGCCCACAGUGAAUAUCCUAAACGUGGUCCACAUGAGUAUAGCAAUCAUCAGAAUCAAAAUGCUGCAAAUGGUUCUCUUCCAAAUAACCUGAAUGAUGUAAACUCUGUAAAGAGCAUACAAUCAAAUACAAAAGAGGAGAAUGGAUCAUAUUUGGAAAAUAUGAGAAAUAAAAACACUAAAGACACUGGAGAUGUGGCGAGUAAUAAAGAAGGUACAUUGCCAUCCAGUUCCUCUUUUCAGACCUCUGCACUAGCUGAUGCUAGAGAGAUGCAGACUGAAUUAGCUGUGAAAGGUCAACCCUCCUUCACAAACAAGGCUUCUCGGCCAAAGACUUCAAGAAUUGCAAAGCCCCCAGAUGCUUUAGUGCCUCCUACGAUGGCCGUUCUCCCACGAUCUGCCAAUCAUUCUGCCGCUUCUAAGGAAUGUGAGCUUCUACCCUUAAGUAGCUCAAGUCGGCUGCAGACAACAUCUGGUCAGGAUAACCUAAAGGGUAAACAGAGUCAGAAAGUGUCUAAACUUCGCCCACCAACUAUGUCCUUUGUUAAAUCUAAACAAACGAGCAGUCAGAAAUCCACACUGGUACCUCCUCCAGAGCCUCAAAACACCUAUUCAAAGACUAACAUCCCAAAGCCACCGGUACAGAGGAAAGAAAAUGUCCUAACACAGAAUAGCAGCUUGCAUUCUGGGGAGAGUUUGCCCUCUAACCGGCAAUCGCGCCUCCCUAAACCAAAGACACAUUGAAAAUGUACCCACAAACAAUGCCAUACACGAAGCUACUCUGUCUUGAUUGCCUUUGAGGCUGCUUUAUCUACAGCCUGCAAAUCCUGAGGGAAUAGUAAAAAUGGCAGUUUUCUUUAGUGUUUACAUACUCUAGCCCGUUCCAUUUUGAGGCUCAUGUUGUCAGUUGUGCAGCUCCUGUUGUAUUAAAGAUUGUUUUGCCCAGUGAUCUUACUGAUUAAGCAAAUAUUGAAGUCUUUGGUGAUCACAAACACCAGAAUGCUGCACAAUGUAUUUCAGGAUAGAAGAAAUCAGUUUGUUUUACCUCUGUUUGAGUUGUCAGACAAUGAAAUUACUAUUCAGUUUAACUUGGUUCUGAGUACUUGUUAGGUUAGAGUGAUGGAAAAUUAGACUUGCUAGCAGAUAUUUUAUUGGCCAUAAUUCUGACUCUGUAUUCCAGAGGCCUAUGCAAAAAUCCUUGUAUUUAUCAUUAUCUCAAGACUGACAUAUUUAAUGUUAUUUAAUCUGAUGGAUUGGGUGGGUUGUGUUGUUUUGUUUUGCUGUAGUCUGAAGUUGCUCUGUUCUUUAUCUCAUUUUCACUGUUCACAGACAUUAAGGAGAUUUCACAGGGUGAAGCAGAUCUUCUCUCUUAAACAUCAUCAUUUGUUUAAAUCUAGUGAUAUGUUUUAUUGUGUUGAAUAGACACCUUACUGGGUAGGUUCUUAAAAAGCAGUGCUAAGGAUACUUGUGCAAAACCUUCCAAUAGAGGCUCUUAUGAAUUGGUUAGUGGAGAGCGUCUGGGAAUAUGGGGUCCAUGGCACCUAUGUUGAGGUUGCACAACAUGCAUUUUAAAUGAAUAUUUUAAAACUUUUAUUGUACUUACAUGUAUUUAUUGAUUUCUGUUUAAUAUUGAAAGACUCUGAAGUACCUGACUUGAAUUUUGCACAAACUUUGCCAUAUGUAUAAGGAUUUGAAACUAUUUUACAGAAUAAAACUUAUAUUAAAAAAGAAAAAAGGAAAAACAAACAACAUCUAUUUUUAAAAAAUUAAUAAUGAGGAGUUAACCUCACAUCUUCUGCUUUGAGCAAUCCUGUGGUGUCCUAAUCCAGAGCUGGUACUCUUGAGAGUUUUUCAGAGAUGUCUAUUAUGGAUUUGGGGUUUUUUGUUUUGUUUUGUGGUGUUGUUUUUUUUUUUUCAUAACUUCUCAAGAAAUGCCUGAAAAAUGAGAAGGAGCUUUUGGGGGAAAUAAAGUUGCUCUCUAGGAGAAGUAUUUUUGUUUUCUGCAAGUGGUCUGGAAAUACAUGCCCAGCAUGGUGCAUCUGUGGGACCAGGACAGGUGCUGUGAGUUAAAUACAUGCAUAUCCAGUGAAGCUUUCCAGAAACUCAAUGUUGUGUCAUAUUUCCAGUUCUUCCCUAUUUUGCCAUCGCUGUCUUGUGAGUGUUGCUAAUUUGAGUUUGUGGGUUGUUUUUUUUCCUCCUUUUUUUGAAUAGUUUUUUUUAGAGCCAGCAGCAGAAGGCUGUUACAGUGACUUUGCUCAAAAAAUGUUCCUGAGCAGCAUAUAAAGUCAGAAAAAUGAAACAGGGUAAUGGUUUGCUGUGGAUUUUGGUUAUAGGACACUGAUGUAUUAAUGUUUGGGGCUUUUUUUCUUGGAGGGAUUUCAAGGGAAUAGGUAUAGACAUUUCACAAAUAAGUUCAAUAACCAAAUUGUGUAAUAUAAGCCCUUUAACUAGAGGUAUCUUGAUGGGUAGCUGAGUGGGCUGAGAGAAUAAAAAAAAAUGAACCAUCUCACCUGAAUUUCUCACUACAUAAUUGAUACCCAAGAAAGGUUUUGGAUUUGUCACACAAAAAAAUCAUUGUUAAAAUUCUUUUAACUGACAAUGCAGUGAAAAAUGUAAAAGCUUGAGGGGCAAAUGGGUAGGAAGAAGUUUCUGAUACAGAACUGUUUGCAUUAAUCCGGACCGGCAGGACUUCUUGUGAGUUCAAGGAAAGACAAUGUCAGCGAAAGGUAAUAAAGGUAACAGUAAUUGUUACAGUUUAUAUAGGAUCAAUGUAACUACAGUUCAGGGUUGCUGGAAGGUACCCUCUUUCCUUGAAGGGCAUCAAAUUAAAUGGGCUUUAGCAUAAGCAUUUCAAUGAGAUGACGAAACUGACUUUUUAUGAUCCCCAAAACUAGCUCCUGGCAGCUAACUUUCUCAGGAGUGUUCAGACUGCUGAGGAAGAAUGAUCAUAUUCCCGAUUUGUUUUCUGGUCCAUAUAGAUUUCUGUGGAAGGUGUUUGUGGGGUUUUUUUGUUUGGUUGUUUUUUUGUUUUAAAGUUUACUUUCCUUGCAGAGAAACUGAUUUUUAGUUGUUUUGUUGUCUAUGAUUUUUUGUUAAAAGAUGAUUUUUCACCUCAUACUAUUGACAGGUAUUUCACCAUCAGUUCUUUUGCUUAUUCUGGCGGUAUCACCAGACUGACUGAGUGAUAUUAAAUUCUGUAUGUUUACAUUUGAAAAGGUAUCUGUCUAUCUGCACCUUUACUGAAAAUCAAGGCACAAAGCUAAGAGAUGAUCAGGGUUUUCAUAAAGAAGGUCGUUCUUAAUUAAUUUUUUUUUGUUUCCAGAACAAAAAGAGAUUUAUUCUCUGGGAAUUUUUUCUGUGCUGUAAGAGCAUAAGUAGAUUAUAUUCUUUGUUACAGCAUUUCCCUAUUUUGUUCUGACAGAUUAGUGAGACAGUGAGCUGGAGACAGCAGGAUUUGAUGAUGGACAAGACAGAUGCUAGCCUGAGCUGUAUUUGUAUUCAGCUGCUAACCUCACAUCCCUCUAAAGACAACUACAUGUUCUGGCUCUUCAGACUUUACCAGGGAAGGCUCUGUUGCAUGUAUAGUAAGUCCAGAGUAUGAGCAAAGCCUGUCAGUAGAUGGGCUACUGGAAGUAGUAAAGUGAAGUUUGAAGCUUCACUUCACUGAAGGAUGAGGCUUGGGGGGAGACAGGUAAGAGAGUGCUUUGUAGAGUUUGUCAAGUGAAAUUAAGGAAGUGUUUUCAGGUAAUAUAUCUACCUUGUGGGAGGUGCAGGUUUAUCAUCAGUAUUGGUGCAGAUAAUCCUAAAUGCAUAUAUUAAAGGAUUUGAUAUCUUCAGGCUUUUUUAGGUUUCUAAGACUCAUUUAUUGCCAUUUUUUUUUUUUGGUUGUUUUGAUUUCUCAUUCUUUUGUGCAAUAUUCACAGAAAGUAUUAAACUACUGUUCAGUGUGUGUGUACAGAGUCAAUUAAGCAUUUUAACAAGUGAAUAAACACAAAAGAAAGAAACAGAAUUGCACUUUAAAUGAGCUUUAUUGCUUGGAAUUGUGCCUAAAAUAAUCUAGAUGCCUCCUGCUGUGUGUGGCUUUUGUUUGAAACUAAUUUCCCUGCUAGUGUUGCUGUUUCCAAGGCAGCUUAACAUCCCUUUCACAGAAUUGAUAUACAUUCUAGCAUGUUUAAAAAUAUUCAUCGUGUACUGAGUUUUUGUUGUGCAAUGAUUUUAAUUUAACUGUGGAAUUUUAACACUGGUGACACAGCCAGAUUAUUAUCUUCACCUUCUCUGAAGCUAGCACUUCCUACUGCCAAUCAAGGCCACUGGCAAAACUUCCCUAAGACUGGCAUAACCUUUGAAGAAUGCUGUAUCCAGCAUAUGUUUUUUUGUUUGAGUGGGUUUAAAAAAAAGUGCAAUAUUGUUUCCUAGACUGUCUCGAAAUAAUCACAAAGGUCUUGAAAAAUCCAAACAGCACUGAUUUUAUUCAUAUAGCUCCAAAAAGAAGUGGGUUCCUCAUAGAAGUGAGACUAAAUAUAGUGACUAGAUUGCAUCAUAGUUAGGAAAAUACAUGUAAUCCUUGACUUAGACACUGACUUGUUGUAAGGAUGCUAGAAAACUGAAUACCAUUUACUUUGUUUGCACGUCACAACCAUAUGCUCAUUCUAAAGUGUCAUACUCUAGUUGGUUGCAUGUCGCGGCGGGAAGUAUUUCUGGUUUUGAACAGCACAUAAUCCUUGCCAUACAAAUGGGAGUCUCAUCUUGAAUUGGGCUUCUGCAGCUACUCCUUAUCUCCUUAUAGUAGCUUUUCCUGAGCAGAGUGGAUUUCAUAGAUGAUCCUGAUGGUAGAUCUCGGUAUAGUCAUUUUACAACUAUGCUGUCAAAGACAUUCAGUUAACUGUUGUGGGUAAAGCUGCUCACUGCCUACUUAAUUGUAAAAGCACCACAAUAAAAACAAUAUAAUUCCAGUGUCAGUGAAAUCUUAAUUCAAUACUAGCUGAAACAAGAGGUACCCUUACUAUCUGCUUUGUUGUUUUGGGCUUUGGUUUUUCUUGGGUUUUUGUUUGUUGUUGGUUGUUUUUUUUUAACCCAGGCCAGAGUAAAUAUUGUAUAUUGGAAUUUGCUUGUAAAGUUGGAGACAAAAAAAUAAAUCAAUAACCAACUGUAUGUAAAAAAUUCUUUUCUCAAUGUUGCUCUAGUGAAUACAAAUAAAAGUCAUAAUUCUACUAAGUA